UCCUUUCUCAUUUCCUCUCCUCCGCCACCUCUUCUCCUCGCCGCCGCCGCCGCCGCCUCCUCGCCGGAUCACGCAAAACCCUAGCUAAAACCCUACGCUUCCGCCGCCGCGAGCGCGUCCCCCCUCCGGCGAGAUGAACUUCAAGGGCGCGAAGAUGCCGAGCCCGCCGCCGGCGGCUGCCGCGGGGCGGCUGGUGAAGGUGGGGCUGCUGGGCGGCGCCGCCAUCUACGCCGCCUUCAACAGCCUCUACAACGUCGAGGGAGGCCACCGCGCCAUCGUCUUCAACCGCCUCGAGGGCAUCAAGGACAAGGUGUACCCUGAGGGGACUCACUUCAUGAUCCCGUGGUUCGAGAGGCCGAUCAUCUACGAUGUCCGAGCCCGCCCCAACCUCGUCGAGAGCACUUCUGGAAGCCGUGAUCUCCAGAUGGUGAGAAUUGGUCUUCGUGUCCUUACAAGACCGUUACCAGAGAAGCUACCAACCAUCUACAGGUCCCUGGGGGAGAAUUUCAAUGAGAGAGUUUUGCCUUCAAUCAUUCAUGAAACACUCAAAGCGGUGGUUGCACAGUACAAUGCCAGUCAACUAAUCACACAGAGAGAGGCUGUGAGCAGGGAGAUUAGGAAGAUCCUGACAGAGAGGGCUAGCAACUUCAACAUUGCUCUGGAUGAUGUGUCCAUCACAAGUCUCAGCUUUGGAAAAGAGUUCACUCAUGCAAUUGAAGCCAAGCAGGUUGCUGCACAAGAAGCUGAGCGUGCAAAGUUCAUUGUUGAGAAGGCUGAACAAGACAAGAGGAGUGCGAUCAUCAGAGCACAGGGUGAGGCUAAGAGUGCACAGCUGAUUGGUGAGGCGAUUAACAACAACCCUGCCUUCCUCGCUCUCCGACAGAUUGAAGCUGCCAGGGAGAUCUCUCACACCAUGGCAAGCUCAAACAACAAGGUGUACCUGGAUUCCAAGGACCUCUUGCUUGGGCUCCAGCAGCUGAAUGUGGACAACAAAAACAAGAAGUGAAACAGUUUCUUGUCAUCAGAUGAUCAUUACAGUUUCUGAUCAUCAGUUGAUCAUUGUUGGUUUCUCCAUGGGAGAGUACUUCUAAGAAAAUCGCAUAGUCUUUAGCUUAUGUCAGAAAAGGUUCUGGUUUAGGAAGUGAGAUCAACAGGUGGCAUCCUUUUUCAUCAUUGCAUUUGAAGGAGUACUCGCAAGUGAAGUGGAGGUUAUCAUUUUUGCUGCUGUAAAAAAAUAUAACUUGAAUACUCUCUUCGAUAUCUUAGUUGCCAUGGCCACUUUGCCAGUUCGUCUUUGUUAUUUUGAGUUCGGUCGCUGUAACGCAGGCUGUGCCUCUAACAGCUGGAUUGCUGCACA